AUGGCUGCUCGACAAGCUUCGUUUUUUACCGCGCUGUUUUUAAUUUCUCUCAUGUUCCGUGGCAUUGCUUGUCGACAAUGUCACAGAAUAAACUCGAUUUAUCAAAUGAUGCUUAAAGGCCAUACCUAUAAGACGUUCAAGACUACACCAGGUACGCCCGAAUGCAGAGACAUUUGUCUCGCUGAUGACAGAUGUCAAAGCUUUAAUGUCGUCACGUUCAUUGCAAUCUGUGAGUUAAACAACCGAACUAAAGAGGCCAGACCAGAGGACUUUGUCAAGGACGAGUACAGAUAUUACAUGGCGAAAGGUCCAAAACGAGGUAAAUAUAAAUUAGUAGGGUGCGCUUAUUUCAGCUAAAGUGAUCCAUUACCAUUUUAGUUCCUUUGGGAUCAAUGCGUGAGCUGCCUGCUGAAUCGUGCAAGGAAAUCAAGGCGAGUGAAGGAGAACAAGCAGUUAGCGGUAAUUAUUGGUUGGAUUCUACAAGAUCUGGGAACUCUAUUUUAGCUCGCUGCGACAUGAAGACAAAAGGUUAGUACAACAAAUAUUCCAUGCCUAUUUGCCUUCGUGCUACUGAAAGACCUUCUCUUAACCGUUUUCUUUUUGACUAGUUGCAGACUAUUGUGUCAAGCACCAAUGCCAAAACGACGCAAAGUGUGUGAACCGUGAAACCAACUACUCGUGCGCAUGUAACUCAUCUGGUUGGACAGGAAAAUAUUGUGAAAAAGGUUUUUCUUUUGUUGAAAAAGUUUCUGCUGAAGUUCAUGCAGAUCAAAUUCGAUGAAGGAACUUCAUUAAACUAACAUAUGCUUAUCCGUAGAUAUCAACGAAUGUAAGGAAGGCCGGCAUGGUUGUCAUGUAAAUGCCAUUUGUAACAACACUGAGGGCUCUUACAACUGUAAAUGCAAACCGGGACUUAAUGGAGACGGACAAAACAGCUGCAAAGGUAAGGUUGUUAUUGUCAUUUUCAUUAUCAUUAUCAUCCGAUUAGAAUCCUUUACGGCCCCUUUGCCUCGCCUUCACCUAAUGUUUUGUUUGAGUCAUGCACAGAUGGGAAAAUAUUGUCAAAAAGGUUUUUAUUUUGUUGGAAAAGUUUCUGCUAAAGUUCUUGUUGAACAAGUAGAUGAAGGAACGACAUUAAAUAACAAAUGAUUAUCCAUAGAUAUCAACGAAUGUAAGGAAGGCCGGCAUGGUUGUCAUGUGAAUGCCAUUUGUAACAACACUGAGGGCUCUUAUAACUGUACAUGCAAACCGGGAUUUAUCGGAGACGGACAAAACAGCUGCAGAGGUAAG